AUGGCGCGGAGCUGGGUGCCAGUGUCGGCGGUCGCGGCGGCACUUUGGGGUCUGAUCCUGGCUGCGGUUGGCGGCAGUGGCGCCCCGGACCAUCCAGUCACGAGCAGGGCGUCCCCCAUGCCAGCUUCGACGACCCCCAAUGCGGGGUACGAGGCGCCGGACUACACGGUGAUAGACACUGUCAGGGGGGACGUCGAAAUAAGGCGAUACCAGGAAGGGCAGUGGGUGAAGUUCCCCGUCCCGGGAGACGACUUCACGUUCAUGGCGGAGUACGGAAACGAGAGACUCAAACAAUUUUUUGAGGGCGAGAACUACGAGCACAAGGAGGUAAAGAAGUCGACGCCCCUGAGCGUCACUUUCAACCUCUGGGACCUCAAUGCCCAACGGUUUGCGCAGUACUGGGUGCCUGCGGAGGAAGAG